AUGUCUUCGCAUUACACGACCGAACCUCCCCCAACUGCCUCAGUUCUUGUCCAUACCACCGCUGGCCCUCUCACAAUAUCUCUGUUCGCGAGCCAAACGCCCCUGACAUGCAGGAACUUCCUGCAGCAUGUCCUGGACGAGGACUACAACAACAACAUCUUCCAUCGUGUCUCUCCGGGCUUUGUAAUUCAAACAGGCGAUCCCACCGGGACCGGAGAAGGUGGACAGCACAUAUACGAGGACAGGGAAUUUGAGCGAUAUGACGAAGACUGGGCACGGCUGAUGGGCCGGGAAGAAGGAGAGAAGAUUAAUUUUGGAGAUGAAAUCCACAGCAGGCUGCGGUUCAAUAGGAGGGGGCUGGUUGGUAUGGCCAAAGGCACCGGGGACGGCGCGGGAUAUGGCAGUCAGUUCUUCAUCACGCUCGGAGAUUGUAGGGCUGAACUAGACGGCAAGUGCACCAUGUUUGGCCGGGUCGAGGGCGACGGCAUUUACAACGUGGUCAAAAUCGCGGAAGGCGAGCUGCUGGAGGGCAGUGAGAGACCAAUGUAUCCCGAGAAGAUUCUCAGGGUUGAAAUCAUUGAGAUGCCAAAAGGUGACGCAUGGCAGAAGAUGCGGAAAAGGAACAAAGUCGCAGAGCGUACUGUCGAAGCUCCUGCAAAGAAAAAGGCUGCGAAAAAGAAGGGCGGGAAGACGCUGCUCAGUUUUGCCGGGGACGAAGGUGAAGACGAUGUUGGUCCAGUCGCUGUGCGACCAAAGAAACCUAAAUUUAAUCCGGCCUUGAUCGAUAGCGACGAUGUGCCUGAAUCAAAGCCAAAGCCAAAGGCGAACGGCACAGCGCCUAAACCUCAGUCCCUCGAGAAACCGCAACGAAGAUCACCUUCACCCACAGUUCCGCAAAAGCGCAAAGCAAGUGUCGCAGGUUCAACAAAAUCUCCGUCGCCGGUACAGCGGCGGAAGCCAUCAUUCCACGACCCACUGACUCAACUCCCUCUGCGUAAUCCAGAAUCGCCGUCUCGAUCACCAACACCGGAAGAACAACCGGCAGCGUCCAAAACCUCUGCACUGGAAGCCGAGAUCGCUGCCUUGAAAGCGUCUAUGCGCCGGAACGUGGACAACAAUGCCAAUGGUUCCAAGACUAAGAAGUCAGCUUUAGAAUCAUUGAUCCCGGCAACAAGUACGAGAGGUCGCAAACGGCCUCGUCCAGGCGAAACCAAUGCGCAUGACGAAGCCAAAGCGCUCAAGAUGCUAAACGCAUUCAAAGCACGGCUGGAGUCAGCCGAUGCACAGGGUAAAGCAGCUCACUCUUCCAAGCCCGCCAAUGGCCACAAAGAUGACAAAGACAACAACUCCUCUACGGAAACCCAAGAACCAGUAGCCGAUCCGCCCCCAUCGAAACGCGGUGACGGCGGAGGGGAAGAAGACGAAGAAGCGGUCUUGUGCGACCUGCAUUUCAUCGCAAACUGCCAAUCGUGUUCGAAAUGGGACGACCCGACCAACGCCGAGGCCGACGAAUCCGAGGACGAUUCGCAGUGGAUGAGCCACUCGUUGUCGUUCGCCAAAGACCGGCUCGGCAAGGACCUGAACUGGAAGAGGAAGAACGAAGAUGAACUGGUGGUCAUUGACCCGCGCGAGAAGGAGAAGGAGUUGAAGAUGGGAAAGAGGCGCGACAGAGAUCAAGAUCGGGAGAGGGACAAAGGAAAAGGCAAGGGCAAGGAGAGACGGUGGUAA